AUGGUGGAUUAUUCAACUCCAUUGUUGACCCACCUUGAAGAUGAAGAAGAUACAUCUUCUUCACCUUUGACGUUCGACAAGAUCAUCGAACAGAGCUUGUCUGAUUUCGGAUUCUCACAGUUUUUACAGAUACUUCUUGUUGGUCUUGCUUUAACGUUCGAUUCGCAACAAAUAUUCAUCACCGUCUUCACAGAUGCAUAUCCCACGUGGCACUGUAUCGACCACACGAUUUGUAAUCCGACAACCACCGAUAUCUGUAAGAUUCCACGGGCAGCUUGGGAUUGGGAAAGUGGUUUUAAGGGUGUUUUCUUGGCUAUGAUUCCAGAUGGUUUCUUGGGACGGAAGCAACUUCUUUUCUUCACUACUUUAGCAAUGUCACUCACUGGAAUCUCGAUUUUCUUCUCUUCCAACAUAUGGAUCUACGCUUUCUUAAAGUUCGUUAUCGGAUUCGCGUGUUCUCAGACCGGGACGUAUGCGUUAGUUCUGAUCAGUGAGCAGAUUUCCACGAAAUGGAGACCUAGGGCUAUCAUGAUUCCGUGA